AUGGAUAGUGAAGGAGUUCAACAAAUUAUAUCAGCACUAAGUAUUGUAUAUGAUCCAAAAUCAACUAAUCAAAAAAGAAGAGAAGCUCAAGAUUUUCUUGAAAUUAUAAAAUCAAAUCAAGAAUCUCCAUUUUGGGGUUAUCAAUUAGCUUUACCUGAAAAUAAUGGUGAAAAUCAUAUUGUUCGUCAUUUUGGUUUAUCAUUAUUACAAUCUUCAAUAAGGUAUAAUUUUCAUACUUUUAAUUCAACAAAAACUUCAGCUAUUCGAAAUUGGAUUAUAGAUUUAUCAAAUAAAAUAAAGCAAAAUGAUCCUCAUUAUAUAAAAGAAAAAAUUGCAUUAUUAUGGGUAUCAAUUGCAAAAAGAAUUUGGGGUAGUCAUUUAAUAAAAUCUAGAGAUGCUAAAGAAGAAGAAAAUGGAUCAAGAAAUAAUUCAAUUACUGAACAAGAAGCGAUUGAUGGCUGGGUAUCAAUGGAUUCUGAUUUAUGGAAAUUAUGGGAUUCAAAUAUAACAUGUAGAGAGUUAUCAUUGAUUAUAAUUCGAACUUUAUUUGAAGAUAUUUAUUUAUUAGAUGAUGCAAUUGCUUCAAAAAGAAGUGUUAUAUUAAAUCAAUUAUCUAUAUUAAUUAUAACACCAAAUACUAUAUUAGAAACACUUUAUGAAAAUAAUCCAAAAAUAACGAUUUGUAAAUCACUGGAAAAUGGUUGGUUUAUCGCAUGGUCACAAAUUUUAGUUGAGGUGUUAAACAAUAAAUAUGAAGAUCCAACAAGUCAAAUAUUUAUACCUAAAAUAUUAUCAGCUUUUAAGACAUGCUUACAUUGGAUCCAUCCGCAAGUUUUAAGAGAACAAAAUAUAAUGCAAACUUUAAUUAAUAUAUUAUCAAUACCCAAUGUUAAAUUGAAAACUUUAGCAGUUGAUUGUUUACAUAUCUUAUUUACGAGAAAUUAUACCCAACAUGAAGAUUUUGAAUUUUUUAUAGGUUCAGUCUUUACAACUGAAGGUAUUUCAAAAUUACAAGAAUUUUAUCAAUCUUUACAGAUAGAUCCAAAUGAUAUCGAUGAGUUAAUAUAUUCAUUGUUGAAAAAAACUGUUGAGAUGAUAGUUUCCCUCAGUGAAUAUCUAAAUUUAAGCUCAAAGAACAAAAUAUCAUGGGAUCAAGCUGAUGUAAAUAAAUAUUUACAAUUAGUUUUAGAUACUACACAACAUUCAAGUUUAAUUAUAUCUGGUUUAUCACUACAGAUGUGGGUCACAAUUUUACGAUUUGAUGAAUUAAGCGCAAAAGAACCAAUAAUAAAUUUAAUGCCUCAAUUAUUGGAAAUUGCAGCUAAUAGAACAAUAAAUUUUACAUUUAAUGAAGAAAAUGAUUCCAAAAAGUAUCUUGAUAUUGAUUUUGAUUCAACACCAGAUGCAAAUUCUUUUUUACAAAAUUAUAAAAAGUUUAACGAAGACAUUGUUAGGAUAACAGUUUGUAAAAAACCGGAAGACGGUUUAAUGUGGUUAGAAAAUAGAUUGCAAAAUUUCUUCAGUUCAAAUUUAGGUACUCAAUGUAUUAAUGAAUAUCAUUUAAAUGAAAAAUCAGAUGCUUUUAACUAUGGAAGUUCACAAUUUAAUAUAAUUGAGAAUAGUAUACGUGGGAUAUCAAGAUGGAGAAUAUGGUAUAAUGGAGAAGAUUUUAAUUCUAUAAAUGACAGGUUAAACAGACUAGUUGAGUCAUUGGGCGAACGAUUAUUAGCUAUGAAAUUAGCAUCUCCAUUAUUGAUCAGAAAACAAGUUCAAACUUUGGUCCAAUUUGCACCAUUAUUAAAAGAUGUUAGUUCAACUUUAAUGUUUCAAGUUUUAGAAAAUAUACUAACAACUGCAACUUUUCCAUAUUCUCCAAAUAUAAAUGAUGAAGAACUGGAAUUAAUCCGAGAUUUAAGAGCAAGUUGUGGUACUGAAUUAAAUAGAUUAGCUUAUAUAAUGCCAGAAGCAUUGAAAAAGAUUUUUGAUGAUUUAGAAAAUGUGGUUGCUAAUAUACUAUCCUCCAAGAAGGUUAGUGAUCAUGAAAAUGUUGCUUUCAAAUCUUUUUUACUAGUUAUAGCUUCAAGAUCAUCAAUAACAGACAAAAAUGAAUUAUUUGCUAAAAUUGUUGACCCCGAUCUAUCUGCAUGGUCGGCACCACAAACAGAAAAAGGUUUAAUGGAUUUACAUUGGUUUAUGGAAAGAAUUGGUAUUGUUGAAAUUGCAUCAUAUUUUCAAAAAAGAGGUAUAACUGCAACUACGAAUUUAUUAGAAGCUAAAAUGGAUGAUGAAGGUAAACAAUUGAAAACUAAAUUAAAAGAUCAUUGGUCAUCAAUUUUUCCAAUCAGAGCUACAAGAAUUUAUAUUCAGUAUAGUAUAGAAAAAUUAAAUCACGAUUCACCAGAAUAUUUAAAUUUAUUAAAAUUAUGGAAACCAAGAGUUCAACCUAUAAUACCUCAUAUUUUACAAUUAUUAACACAAAUUCAAGCAUAUCAUAAUCCAGAAAACUGGAAAGAUUUACCUGCUGAAGUACAAGCAUUUGUUCAAUAUAGUUGUACUGAAAGAUUUUGGCAACAAGGUGUUUCAAUUCAAUCAAAAGAAACAUUUAUUGAAGAAAAUGUUAAAGCUGCAUUGACAUUACGAGAUUUUGCUGAUUCUGUUGGACAUUUGAUUAGAUAUACUAGAGAAUAUGCAUUUUUAACAGUUGGUUCCGUAGCUCAAUUAGAAGAUACAUUAUAUGAAAUACCCAAUGUUGCACUGAUGAUUUGGAAAGCAGUAGCUGGUGAUACUGUUGGAGUUACAUUACAUUCUUGGAAACAUAUGAUUAAUUCAUGUUUAAGAAUUGUUGUUAAAUUUUGCCCUGUUAAAUAUGUUGAAGUUUUUAUGAGUGAAUUAUUACCUACAUGUUUAAAUGAUAUAGAUAAAUUAAUUGUAUCAAAAUGGGAAAAAGUUUAUUCUACUGGAUUACAAUUACAAGGAAAUGAAGAUGAUGAAACGUUAUCAGAAGAAAUGAUGGAAGAACAUAUGUUACGACAAUUAACUGCAACUGUAGUUAGAUUAUUAAUGGAUAUAAUUGGACAAUAUAAUUCAAAAACAAUAUCAGAUACUCAAUCUGCAUGUAGGAAAUUAGUGAUUGAAAAUAAAGAAGUUUUGGCUCCAUUUUUACAAAUUUGUUGUGAUAUAAUAUGUUUUAAAGAUACAAAAUGUUCAUUUAAUACUAUCCUUGUAAUUAGAAAUAUUUUACAAGAUAUAGUAUUGAAAGAUGAUGAAGUUGAUAAAUAUUUAUGUGAUCAUUUGAUAAAAUCGUUAUUGCAAGUUUUAUUAGAUGAUUACUUUGUUGAAACUCAUUCAGAAGCUGCUAUUGCAUUAACUACGUUAUAUUGUUCAUUAAGAUCUAAAAAUGAUUAUCCAGCAAGGAUCCUAAUUCAAUGUUUACCCAAUAUUACAACUCAACAUAUUACAAAUUUUGAAAGUUUAUUAGUUAGUUCAAAAUCUUUAAGACAUCAAAGAAGUUCAUUAUUAGAAUUAAUUAAAAUUUCAAAAGAUGAUGGAACUAAUGAUAAUGAUGAAAUGAAUAAACGUAAUAAAGAAUUGGAAAAUGUACAACAAAGAAAAAAGAAAUCAUUUGAUGUAAUGAAUGAUCCAUAUACUGAAAAUGGUCCAUUAAAUAAUUUAUUUGAAGAAGAAUAA